ACUACAGGUUGGUGUCUGUGCAGCCAUAUUGAAAAGACAUUCUGACCAUUUUAAGUGUACAUGUGAUGAGAAUAAGCUACAUUUGUGGGUUGCCUGUUUUCCAAAGACAGGACCCCCUCGUUAUUGUUUUGGAGUUUUCAUUUGGAUUAACGAGGCCUAAUAAUUUUGCCUUGUAGUUUGGUAGCCAUUUUAUUAGUCCUCGUUGAUUGCAAUAUUGUUUCUGGUGUUCGAGAGAAUUCUCACACGUUUUCAGGAUGAAGGAUCGACUGGAACAGUUGAAGGCCAAAAGUGACGUGGGUGGUGAUGAUGUGGAGGUCCCAGUGGAGAACCAGGCCUUCAUGGAUGACUUCUUUGCCCAGAUUGAGGAGAUCCGUGGCAGUAUUGAUAAGAUAGAGGAGAGUGUGUCAGAGGCCAAGAAGCUCUACUCUGUCAUCCUGUCUGCUCCCACAUCAGACCAGAAGACACAAGAUGACUUGGAGUCGAUCACUAAUGACCUCAAGAAAUCCGCCAACAACGCACGAAACAAACUCAAGAACAUCGAGAAGCAGCUGGAGACCAACACGGAGGAGAGGGCGUCAGCUGACUUGCGGAUACGCAAGUCCCAGCAUGCCAUUUUGUCCAGGAAGUUUGUGGAGGUGAUGACCAAGUACAACGAGGCACAGGUAGACUUCAGGGAGAAGAGUAAAGGGCGCAUUGCUCGCCAGUUGGAGAUCACGGGAAAAACAACGACCGAUGAGGAGUUGGAGGAGAUGUUGGAAGGAGGGAACGCGGCUGUCUUCACUGCUGGGAUCAUGGACUCUGGGAUGUCCAAGCAGGCCCUGAAUGAGAUUGAGGCGCGACACAAAGACAUUGUCCGUCUGGAGAGCAGCAUUAAGGAGCUCCACGACAUGUUUGUAGACAUCGCCAUGCUGGUUGAGAACCAGGGUGGAAUGAUUGAGAGGAUUGAGAGCAACAUGGACCAAUCAGUGGGCUUCGUAGAGCGGGCGGUGGCGGACACCAAGAAGGCUGCCAAGUUCCAACAGGAAGCUCGCAGAAAGCAAAUGAUGAUCAUGUGUUGCUGUGUGAUCCUGGCUGUCAUCCUGGGAUCCUUUGUCUACAGCUUCUUCAAAUAGUGCGGCUCGGGUCCAAACAAACAACAGACAAACAAAUAAACAAGCUAGCUACCAAAUAAACAAGCAAACAACCUGAGCUGGAAGGAAACACACUGCUUAUCCCCACCAUAGAAUGUCUGUCCCUAGAUCAGACAAUAGAUCCUGUCCCAUGGAUUUGAAUGGGCAUAUCAGUUCUAUGGAUUGUAUUUCUGUUGAGUUCUGUGUGGUCCGCAGUGUCGGGUGUUGUUGUAUGCAUUUAUACGUGUGUGAGGGAGAAGAUAUAGAGAUACUGCCAUGCUGCUCAUUCUGAUCUUACCCUCCAGUCCUCGUGUAGAAGGAAGGGAGGUGGUGAUAGGAUGGAGAGAAAGGCUUCAUUAUGGGCAGCAUCAACAUCAACUUACCCCAGUUUUGACUGUGUGCAUAUUAUCUGUGUCUGUGUGGUUAUGGGUGAUUGUUCUUGACAUAGGACUUUGUGCAGUGUGUGUGCAUUAUGUUAGACUGUUAGAUAUGUUCCACCCAGACUCUGUUGACAGUCUCUUAACCCU